AUGUCACACACACAGCUUUUCGAUGCACUCAUCAUCGGCGGUGGUCCUGCAGGAUUGGCCGCUGCGAUGGCCCUAGGAAGAGCUUGUCGAUCCGUGGCCCUCUUUGAUUCCCAGGAAUAUCGCAACGAGUCGGCGACGAUGAUGCACAACGUUCUUUGCCAUGAUGGUCAAAAGCCCGAACAUUUUCGCGCCACAGCAGUCAGGGAAAUUAUGGAUAAAUAUGACACCGUCACUUUCAUCGACACACAGAUCAUCAGGACUCGCCUGGUUUUUAACGGUUCCUGUCGCCUCUUUGAGCUCACCAAUCAAAAAGGUCUGGUAUGGCUGGGUCGUAAGCUGAUCUUCGCGUCCGGCACAAAAGACGUUCUGCCUUCGAUUACUGGGUACAAGGAACAUUGGGGUCGAGGAAUCGUUCACUGUUUGUUUUGCGAUGCCUAUGAAAAUCGUGGAGGCCACAUCGGACUCUUAGGUCUCCAGUCCCAGGACCUAGACCCCAUGUUGAUGGCAUUGCGGCUCACCCAAGAUAAGGUCACAGUUUUCACAAACGGGGAAGGUGUCGCUACCGAUGAAGCAGGACAAAUGUGUUUCGAAAUUGCAACUGCGCUAGGAGUCAAAUUUGACCACCGACCACUCAAAUCAAUCUCCCAGAAUCCUCAUGGAGUGGGGAUUCAACUGAAUUUCCAGGAUGAUUCAAAUGAAUCUAUACGGAUGCUUAUGAGCGCUCCACCCUCGGUCAAUCGUGCAGCCGAUUUGAUUUCCAGUCUGGGUCUCGAGACUCUCCCAGGCUCCGACGGCCAUGUGGUAUCAAAGAGUAUGAUGGGAGAGUCUAGUCUGCCCGGCUGUUUUGUAGCCGGUGACACAUCCACGGCGGCGAAGAUAGUUCACAUUGCCAUGUCGUCUGGAACUCUGGCAGGGAUUGGAGUAGCCAAACAAUUGGCGCACGAGGAAGGGCUCAAGGCUCUUGAAACAAUGUCGAGCCGCGGUAGUCAAGGGCAUUUGUGA